ACUACUCUCAAAUCCGCAACAGUGCGCAUGCGCCAGAUAUGCAUUUUCUGCUGUCACCUGCUGCUGCUGCAGAGAAACGACCUACAGUUGUGUCACAAUUACCCCGAGAAUAGCUGCACUCUACAUGUCCGGGCACAGGACAGCGGCUGGCGUACACACGGCAGGGUAUAUAUUUUACAGACGAGUGCAGUGCUGAUGCUGUGAUGCUGGCGGAAGAGGCUUUGCAGCACUGAGCCUCCCAUGGCUGUUAGCACCAUGGACUCCGAGUCAGCUCGAACACCCCAGCCUCAGGCUGCCCUGACUAAAGGAGGACACUCCCUCCUGCCUAUUGGGGCUAUGGGUGCCAGCCUGGGCCCUCAUGGAAAGCACUAUGUCUGCGGCUCCAUUGCAGCUUUUACCAACAUCAUGGUGACCUUCCCCAUCCAGAAGGUGUUGUUCCGCCAGCAGCUGCAUGGUGUGUUGGCCACUGAGGCGGUGCAGCAGCUCCAGAGGGAUGGGCUGAGAAAUCUUUACAGAGGCCUGCUGCCCCCGCUGCUCCAGAAGAGCACUACAGUGGCAAUCAUGUUUGGCCUGUAUGAGGACUUCUCCAGAGUCUUACUAGACCUGGCCGAUGGCAGCGGUGUGCCGGUGCUGGUCACCCGAAGCUUUGCUGCGGCAUUGGCCGGAACCGCGGAGGCCUUCCUGACGCCCUUUGAGCGCGUGCAGACACUCCUACAAGACCACAGGCACCACGGGCGCUUCAACAACACAGCCCACACUUUUCGAACACUUCUGUCUGAGUAUGGUGUCAGAGAGUGCUACCGUGGCCUUGUGCCCAUACUCCUCCGCAAUGGCCCUAGCAAUGUGCUCUUCUUCGGGCUCCGCGGACCCAUCAAGGAGCAGCUCCCAGAAGCCACUAGCCGGGCAGGUCACUUGGUUAAUGAUUUUGUGUGUGGAGGGUUGUUGGGGGCAGCCUUAGGAAUCAUGUUCUAUCCAUUAAAUGUGGUAAAGUCCAGGGCUCAGGCUCAGGUUGGAGGAGCCUUCCAGCCUUGCAGGGUGGUGCUGCUAACAGUGUGGAGAGAAAGGGGUGGUAGUUUGGCCAAGCUCUUCAGAGGGGCUCACCUCAACUACCACCGUUCACUGCUCUCGUGGGGUAUCAUCAAUGCAACCUAUGAGCUGCUUUUGAAGAUCAUGUGAAAGAGGGAAUGAGGACAGAGAAAGGAAAUGAAAGUAGGGAAAAAGCUGAAUUGAAAGGAAACUACAAAGUAAAGAAGAUGCACUUGCUGUCUGGCACUGUUUUUGGGAGACUGGAGUUUCCAUGACUGAAAGACUGCAGUGAAGUUGCACUUCUGACGGGGGCCAACAGUCAGUGUGACAUAAUCCACCUGCCAUUGUUACUAUUUACUGUUGUCAAAGUAUUAAAAACAAGAUGCACGCUUUAAGCCUAGACAAAACUUGUGCCAGGGUCCAAUUGAAAUGCCCUCGUUUGCUCCGUCUACAAAACUUUGUGGGAGCAAACCGAACGCUUUUUUUUUUCUUCUUCUUCCACAGUUUCAAACAAAGGUUACUUGACUGGAUUAACUGUUUUGUAAGAGAAGCUGUUUGUAUGUGCUGUGUGCUGUGGUGUGUCUUGUCUUGACAAAUUUCGUCUGUUAGACCAGGCGCACUUCCUCUGCAAGGCUGUUUUCUGCCACUUAACUGAAACACUUUUGUACUUCUGACCAUUGAAAUACCCCAAGAUUUACUUGAAAGUAGAAUGUUGGCCAUUUUACCUAUUUACCUACACCUAUAUGCUGAUGAGAUCAGAACUAAUAAUUGAUUGAAAUGAUUAAAAUCGGCGCUAUACAUGAUCUUGGAAAUACUGUAUAGCAGACACACACACAAAACGUUUUUGCAAAUUUGUCUCGGUUUAUUUUAUGAAGUGCUACUGGCAGAGUGUACAUGUUAUUGGAGUUUUGACAAGUGCCCAUUGAUGUAUAUGUGAGUAAAACAUACAGCUAUACCCAUAUCUAGUCUGUUUUUAUAAUUUAUUGAAAGGGAGAGAAAUAAUAUUGAAUCUAAAUUUCUAUGACAACAAAUAUUCCCACAGAAACUGGUUAAUCUAUCAAAAACCUUUACAGCGUCAGACCGACUGUUCAUAUUCAUUUGUUCAUGCGCCAUUGCUUCAUUUGUUCUUUUUUUGGAGGGGAUAUUGUUCUUUUAUUGAGUAUAAAAGUACUUCUCAAUGUUUGUUUCAUUUUUCUAAACUCAAAUAUUACUUGUUUUAUACAUGUAUAUCUCUCCCCUCCGCUCACUCUUGUAUAUCUGUAUCUCAUGCUUGCUCUCCUCUCUGUCUAUAACGUCUGUUGACAUAAUGGGCUCAGAUUUCAAGCUUGAGUAGAUGUAGUCACCACGCAGCAGCUCUUCCUCGGUCAGAGGAAGACCCAAAGAGUAAAGGCAUGCUGCUCGGGCACUGACAGAGAGAAAAGACCGGGGCAGAGGGUAAUGUUCAGUGGCACAAAAAGCUCAAGCUGCCAUCUAAAUGGAUGACUUGGCCUAUAUCUUCAGUUCUUUUCAUUUUGACUGUCUACAGUAUACAGUUUCAUGAGAUCUUUUCAGGAAUUUAUAGGAUUUCCUCUGUAUUGAAUUAGAUCUCGGAAGUGGGACACUAAUACACAAUGCUGUUCAUUUUUGCCACAUUUCCUGAAGCACAAGCCACCAGAUCACUAUGAAAAUAUCUAAUGAAAUGUUUCAUAUCUGUCCAUUAAAAGUGUUGACAGUGAAUA